CUCCGGCCUUGUGCCUUGGCAGCCUCCGGCCACAGGGCGCCGCCGUCGCCGGCCGCAGCGGGUAGAAGCGGCGGCACUGGUGGCCGGGCCGGAGCAGGCUGCACAGGAUGGCUGAGCACAUCCCACCUGCACCUUCCUCCUGUGACUGCUUCGUGGCCCUCCCUCCAGCCACCGCCUCCCAGGCUGUGAUCUUUGGCAAAAAUUCAGACCGGCCCAGCAAUGAGGUCCAGGAAGUCGUCUACUUCCCUGCUGCAGCCUACCCCAAUGGGACCAAGGUGCAGUGUACAUACAUUGAGGUUGACCAAGCAGAGAAGACCCACGCGGUCAUCCUGAGCCGCCCGGCUUGGCUGUGGGGAGCGGAGAUGGGAGCCAAUGAGCAUGGGGUCUGCAUUGGGAAUGAAGGUGUGUGGACCAAGGAGCCUGUUGGAGAGGAGGAGGCUCUGCUGGGAAUGGACCUGGUCAGGCUAGGUUUGGAGAGGGGCCGUUCAGCCCAUGAAGCUGUGCAGGUGAUCACAACUCUGCUGGAGCGCUAUGGCCAAGGAGGCAGCUGCAAGGAGGAGCCCACCCCUUUCAUCUAUCAUAACACCUUCCUGCUGGCAGACCGGACCGAAGCUUGGGUGCUGGAGACGGCUGGCCUGUAUUGGGCAGCUGAGAAAAUCAGAGAAGGGGCCCGAAAUAUCUCCAACCAGCUGAGCAUUGGCACAGACAUCGCUGCUGAGCACAUGAAGCUGAGGCACCAUGCCCAGAGCCAGGGCUGGUGGAGUGGGGAUGGGGAGUUCAACUUUGCUGAGAUCUUCUCACUCAGCCAUCAGCCUGUCCGCAUGGAGGCAGCCAAGGCUCGGUACUGUGCUGGCCGGGAGCUGCUGCAGCAGCAUGCAGGCCACAUCACGGUGGAGACCAUCAUGGGCAUCCUUAGGGACAAGGCCAGCGGGAUCUGUGUGGACUCAGAGGGCUUCUGCACCACGGGUAGCAUGGUGUCCAUCCUUCCCCAGGACCCAGCUUUGCCCUGUAUCCAUUUCUUUACAGCCACACCUGAUCCUUCCAGGUCUGUGUUUAAACCCUUUGUCUUCGUUGCCAAUGUAACACCAGUGCCCCAGGUGAGGUCUCCAAGCUUUGGUGCUGAGGAUCCUGUCAAGAAGGUCCCUCGAUUCCAGAGCAGAGUCGAUCGGAGGCAUGAACUCUAUCGGGAGCACCAAGCUGCAGUGAAGCUCAUGCAGACAGGCCAGGAGCGGGGCCAAAAGCUCCAGCAGACCAUGCAAGAUCUGGAGAUGCAGGGCCUGGAGGCUGUAAAGGAGAUGCUGGCAGGUGGUAUCACCCUGGACCCAGAGGAGCUAGAAGACCUCUUCUUUGACUGUAUAGACACGGAGAUCAAAUUCUACAAAUAAGCCCCACAGCAGCUUGGAGUACUUCAGACAAAUGCAAGCCCCUUGCCGCUGUCCCAGUCCUGACUCCUCACCUCACAUCUGAACACUGCUUCUUUAACUGGACCAGAGCUGCCCACCACUGCACAGUAGCAGCUUCAAGCCAUGUGGGUUGUCACUCUGCUGCCAUGUUGGGGCUGACGCUGGACUGGAGGUAACACCUUUGGACUGGAAUUUCCUGACCUGGCCAUGCCCAGCCCUCCCCCAGCAAUGUGAGCCACCACCUCUUCUCUCUUACUACUUGUCAUUCUCUUGGAGUCCAGAAUUUCAAUGGUGGCCUCCUCAUUUUAAUGGGCUGCUGGUACUGAGUAUCCUGAUAUGGGAUCAGGAGAACUGGAAAAAGGGAGAGCCUCAGCUAGGUGGGUGGGUCUGAAUUUGGUGGCUGGGCUACCUGUACUCACCUUGCUCUUUCCUUGGAGGAAGUGCUGCUAAGCUAGUAGCCUUCCAUCCUCUAUAGAAUGGAGAUGAUCCCUACCUACCCAUGGAGAACGAAGGAGCUGAUGUCUUUACAAACUGUCUACUGAGCAGCACUUACCCCCAACCUCCUCUUAUCCCCUGAGAGAUUGGGACACAAGGCCACAGGCAAAUAAGCUAAAAUAAAGGGGCUUUACAUGUCA